AAGCGCGCCGGCGCAGGUCGUGCCAGCGGGGAGGUGCGGCGGCGGCAGCCGGAAGGGCGGGGUAGUCAAGCCUCACCCCGCCUGUCAGCGAGGGCGCCUGUCAGCACGGUGCUUUUGCUUGGCUCCGUGGGGCUUCCGGGCGUGGGAAGCAACCUGCUAGUGCUCGUCAUCUACCUCAAGUUACCGCGGCUCCGCAACCCCGCCCGCCUCCUCCUGCUCCACGUCAGCCUCGGCGAUCUGCUACCGCCCGUCCUCCGGGCCGCGCUGGCUUUCUCCUUCGCCCUGAGGGGCAGCAGGGUGGGGAGCACCACGAUCGGCGAGUGGGCUUCAGCAACAGCCUGUGAGAGCAGAAUUCCAUUCACAAAUGCAUAUGUGAUACAUUUUGACAUUCGCUGCUAAGAUGAAACACAGAAAUGAACACCGUAUACUUGUUUUAUUAUUCUCAGAUAUUAGAUGUACUUUAUCAUGGUUUUAUGCUACUGACCUAUAAGAAAAUAAUACUAAAAAAGGGUAUCAGUUGAAUACCUGGGACCUGCAACUUCAGUAUUUCUGGGAUGAUCUGGAAUAUCACAAGGAGAGAUUUUAUUACAGCAUAUUCACACCUUCUCUGAACCCUCAGCCCAGAUUCAUGCACAUUUUCUUCAUUAGAAGUUGUCACCAGACACUUUUCCAGGAUGGCCAACAGUCUCCCAACAGAGUUUGAUGUGAUAGUGAUGGGGACAGGUCUGCCUGAAUCCAUCCUUGCCGCUGCAUGUUCCAGAAGUGGUCAAAGGGUUCUGCAUCUCGAUUCAAAAAGUUACUAUGGGGGAAACUGGGCUAGUUUCAGCUUUCCAGGAUUGCUGUCCUGGUUGAAGGAACAUCGGCAAAACAGUGACACUGGGGAAGAAAGCCCUGCUGCAUGGCAAGACAUGAUCCAUGAAACAGAAGAAGCCAUCCCUCUUUGCAAGAAGGAUGAAACCAUUCAACAUGCUGAAGUUUUUUGUUAUGCCACUCAGGGCAUGGAUGGCAAUAUUGAAGAGCUUGAUGCUCUGCAGAAAAAUCCUUCUUGUGUAGCAUCUAGUACCCUCAUAAAACCUCUGAAUUCUGCAUGCUUGUCUGAGGAAACACACUCAUCACAUGUUACUAGCUAUGAAGUGCCUACACAAGACACUCCAAAAAACAAUGAAGAAAUAACUGAUACAGCAGAAACUUCUGUGAAAGAAGAAUAUUGUGUGUAUAAUACUUAUAAACACACAGUUUCAGAUGGCAUUAAAGAUGAAAUCAAACCUGCAUUGGAAGACAUCAGUGUGCCACCAAAGAGAAAGAGGAUUACUUACUCUCAAAUAGUUAAAGAAGGCAGGAGGUUUAAUAUUGAUCUGUCAUCGAAGCUGCUUUAUUCUCAAGGACUGUUAAUUGAUCUGUUAAUCAAAUCAAAUGUUAGUCGUUACGCAGAAUUUAAAAAUGUCACUAGGAUUCUUGCAUUUCGAGAAGGAAAAGUAGAGCAGGUGCCUUGUUCCAGAGCAGAUGUCUUUAAUAGCAAAGAGCUCAGUAUGGUUGAAAAGAGGAUGCUAAUGAAAUUUCUUACAUUUUGUUUAGAUUAUGAACAACAUCCAGAGGAAUACCAAGCUUUCACACAAUGCUCAUUUUCAGAGUAUUUGAAAACCAAAAAAUUAACCCCCAGCCUCCAACAUUUUAUACUUCACUCGAUUGCCAUGACGUCAGAAUCAUCUUGCACUACAGUAGAUGGCCUUAAAGCAACAAAAAACUUUCUUCAGUGUCUUGGACGGUUUGGCAACACUCCCUUUUUAUUUCCCUUAUAUGGCCAAGGCGAAAUUCCCCAGUGUUUCUGCAGGAUGUGUGCAGUUUUCGGUGGAAUAUAUUGUCUUCGCCAUAAAGUACAAUGCCUUGUAGUUGACAGAGAAUCUGGAAGAUGUAAAGCAAUUAUAGAUCACCUUGGUCAAAGGAUCAAUGCUAAAUACUUCAUUGUGGAGGAUAGUUACCUGUCUAAGGAAACAUGUUCGAGUGUGCAGUACAAGCAGAUCUCCAGGGCAGUGCUCAUUACGGAUCAGUCUGUCCUAAAGACAGAUUCAGAUCAGCAGAUUUCCAUUUUGACAGUACCUCCGGUGGAACCAGGAGCGCAUGCUGUCCGAAUCACUGAAUUGUGUUCUUCAACCAUGACAUGCAUGAAAGACACCUACCUGGUGCAUCUGACCUGUUCAUCUUCCAAAACAGCAAGAGAAGACUUAGAAUCAGUGGUGAAGAAAUUAUUUACCCCGUAUUCUGAGACAGAAGUAGACCAGGAAGAACUUCCAAAGCCAGAACUCUUGUGGGCUCUUUAUUUUAACAUGAGAGAUUCCUCGGGAGUCAGCCGAAGCUCUUAUAGUGGCUUGCCUUCCAACGUUUAUGUCUGCACUGGGCCUGACUGUGGACUCGGAAGUGAGCAUGCCGUCAAGCAAGCUGAAACACUCUUCCACGAGAUCUUUCCAAGUGAAGAAUUCUGCCCCCCGCCUCCAAAUCCGGAAGACAUUUUCUUCGACAGUGAUGAAAAGCCAGCAGAGCCUCUUGGAACCAAUAAUAUAAUAAUGGCCAAACUAGAAUCCUCUGAAGGGAGCAAAAACCUAGAAAGUUCAGGGAAGCACCUUCAAAACUAGAAAGAAAAAAAACAAACUGGAAAUGCUGCUUUGGGUCUUCGUCCUGGCAUCAGAAUAUUCUCAUUUAAAGGACAGUUUCCUGUAUGAGUAAUUAGAUGUGGUUAUAUGAUGAAUGCCAUGCAGAUGUUGUUUAUAAUUCUCUUUGUGACUUCCAGUCAUUGGAUGCCUUUGUUAACCUAUCAGUAACUGAUUUAUUGGUUAUUGGACUUGCUUUUGUUUCAGAAAGGUCUCCAUAACCCAGAAUUAGGUUUAUUUUAGUACUGGGUAUAUAUGUGAGAGUUCCAUGUUAGCAGUGGUGCUUAAAGGAAAAUGAUAUUAAAUCUGCUGAUUAUCUUCAAAUUUCACUAUUGUCUACAGAAUGGUGAUAUCUAAAGAAUAUUUUAAUUAUUUUUACAGCUAUUACAGUUGCUACCACCUCUGAGUAGUGAAACACACACAGGGGAAAUUAUGUGGGUCUUUUGUUUAUAAUAUAAACAUAUAGAUAUGGUAGCAGCAAUAGCAACUAAUGCAAGUGCCAAUGUGAUAAAAUAUGUUUGUAAUUGUUGGAAGAAUAGUUUUGCAUGAUCUUUUAUUUGUGAAGGUGAUGUUUAGAAUGCAUCUUGCAGUUUAAUUCUCUUGCUUGACCCUUGUAAUCAAUGAGGUAGUGAUGUCACCCCAGUCUUAUACAUUGUUGGAAAGAGUCAGAGAGUUCAGUUAAUAGUUGCAAAGCUCAUUCUUGGGAGGUUUGGUCCAGAGAAAAUCUAGGGGGAAAGAUUAGUUCUGGUUCAAUACUUUAGAAAAUUUCUGCAGAGCACUGCUCUGGCACCUAAAAGAAAAGAACUUCUAAGUAAUUCAGGCUAAAGAAAAAAUAAACUGCUCCAGGAAAAGAUAUUUCAGAAUGCCUGUUCUGAAAUUGCUAAGGGGAAACUGAGUGAAGCAUUUUUAACCUAGGAUUACAGAUGGUUUUAAAAGUCCAUCUGUGAGUAGAUUUCCCAGGAUUUCUCAAUGAAAGUGAAGCACACCAUCUUGUUGGCCCCACCACUUUAAUUAGUAACACUGCAGUUGUUAGAAGCCAAUCGGAGGAAGCUUUACCAUGUCCCUUUGGCUGUGUCCCAGCAAGUAACAAGGUGCACGCCUUCAUAAUCAGCUCCUGCCUCUUAGCUGUUAUCUAGAAGAUAGAAACAUUUUUUUUCCAGAACCACCAGAAGUUAUAAAGCUGCUUAUGUUCUAGCAGGGCAAGCUUGUGGAACUGUCAGAAGAAGUAAACUUCCUUCCUAAGUCACCAUUUUCAUUCCUCAGACAGAGAAUGAUAAUCCUAUAGGAAAUAAGCCCUUUAAUUACAAUAUUUUGCCCUGGAACAGAGCAUUUACUAUGUGCUAUGCACUUAUUGUACUCUCUCAUUAUAGUUUCUCAACAACUCUGUGAUAAUACAUUUUCAGAGAGGAAAUAAAGACAAUAAUUCACUCUGAGUUGGGUCUGUGGCAGAGCCAACAUUGAAAUCCAGGCUUUCAUGAUUUCAAAAUCUUUCAACUAAUAUUAACUAUUAGAAGAGUGUAGGCACUGAAGGAGAAAGAAAAGAUUACUGGCUCAUGAGAACGAGUCCAGCAUUGCUAGUGAAGCAAAGUAGGCAGACAUCUCAGCUUAUUACUGAGUCAGAGAAAUAGGAAAGUAAAGAUUAAUUAAAAAUACAUGUAACUUAGAGCUAUGGAUCUCACUGACGUAGAAUUUGUCUAAGCUUUAACACAAUUAUCCUUUUUAAUUUAUCUUUUGAUUAUGAUGUUAUAAAAAGUAACAUGUUACUAGAGCAAAAUAUGCUCUAAAUAGACUUUUGUUGCUCUUCUAUAUGUGAGGAAAAUGAAACAAGAACAAUUUAAGUAAAUUUCAACUUACUGAAGUAGAGAAGUCAUGAAUUGAUAUUUAUAUAUUUUGAAUCUGUUAUUGCAAAUAUGUUAUUGGUUGGCUUCUAGGCUUAUACUUAUCAAAACAACUGAAAUGUCUGAAAUAGACUGAAAAAUUAGUUAUUGAAAUGCAAAAGAAUUUGAGAUGUUAAAUUAAAUGGAAGUGAAAGUAAUCCAGACCUAUUGAAAAUAUUUUAAUUUCAAUAUGAGGAAUAUUUUUAUUCAUAAGAAUUUGAGAAUAUCAAUGAGAUGUUGCAAAAGAUGAUAGAACCACAGUAAUAGAAACAGGAAAAUGUUAGAUUAGAUAAAAUAAGGGUUUUAAAAACUAACAAAUGAACGUAUUAUUACUUUCCUACUUGAAUACAGAUAAAUUGGAAAUAAAAAAUUACUACCAAAUAAAAGCAUUUUAAAAAUUAGAGGAGAGUAUAAUUUUCUUUUCAUUCUUUUUUUUUUUAAGAUUUAUUUUAUUUUAAAAUCUUUAUUUUAAAGA